GAGGCCAAGAUUUAGCUUAGGAAGGGCAGGGAGGGGGAAAGGGCGUGCAGGCGGGAGGAUGUGUAAUCUGGGCAAGAGAGGGGAAGCGGGCAGAGCGGACUGAGCCCUCGGAGGGACCCAGGAGGAUGUCAAGGAUGAGGUUGCUGGCAUUUGUGUUGUUGGCUCUGUUUGCUGUCACUCAAGCAGAGGAAGGAGCCAGGCUUUUGGCCUCUAAAUCACUGCUAAACAGAUAUGCUGUCGAGGGCCGAGACCUAACCUUACAGUACAACAUCUACAAUGUUGGCUCAAGUGCUGCAUUAGAUGUGGAAUUAUCUGAUGACUCCUUCCCUCCAGAAGACUUUGGCAUUGUUUCUGGAAUGCUCAAUGUCAAAUGGGACCGGAUUGCCCCCGCUAGCAACGUCUCCCACACUGUGGUCCUGCGCCCUCUCAAGGCUGGUUAUUUCAACUUCACCUCAGCAACUAUUACUUACCUGGCCCAGGAGGAUGGGCCCGUUGUGAUCGGCUUUACCAGUGCACCUGGACAGGGAGGCAUCCUGGCUCAGCGGGAGUUUGACAGGCGAUUCUCCCCCCACUUCCUGGACUGGGCCGCCUUCGGGGUCAUGACCCUUCCCUCCAUCGGCAUCCCCCUGCUGCUGUGGUACUCCAGCAAGAGGAAGUACGACACGCCCAAAGCCAAGAAGAACUGAGCCGGGCUUCCACAGCCGCCCUUCCCGAGAAAUCCAGGUGCUUUCCAGACUCCAAAGGGUGUCUCAAAUGCAGUCUCUUCUCCCUUUGCCCUUGGCCACCUUCUCCUGUGUCCUGGCCUGCUCUGACCCGGCGCAGAGGACCAGGCCCAGGAGGCCGCGAGAGCCAUACAAACAGGAACGCCGUUGGCAGCAGCCUUGAGCCUAGAGGGCCCUCUGGUGCGCCGCUGAGGUGCCGUGGAGUAUCCUGCUGGCAACGUGAACUCCCCCAGAGGUCCGGGAGGGGGCAGUCAGAGACCGUCUGACACCCCCUCAGCCCCUGCCCUCCCCUCAGAGGAGGGUGGAAGAUAAAAAUGAAAGCUGUGGGACUCUUGGAGGCUAUCUAGUCUCUGUUCUGGGUUAGGGAAGUGCUUACCAAAUGAGAUUUUCUAAUAAAAUUAAUGCCACACUCACUGGUCCCAUCA